AUGGGACCGCCCCCAGUUCAAUCUGUUGCCAUUAUCGGCGCUGGUGCCGCAGGAGCCGCGGCCGCGGCAGCCUUUGCUGCGGAGAAAUUCUUCACUCGCAUUCGAGUAUUCGAACGGCGAGAAGCGCCCGGGGGUACAUGGAUAUACGAUCCUGACCCGGGGCCUGGCUUCAAGCUUUUCCCCGGUGGCUUACCACCGUCGACCGACCCUCCCUUGAAAAUCCCCGAUACUCUUCCCAGGUUGACAUCACCCAUUUCCCAAGAACGAUAUGACAAGACACCGAUAUACGAUAGCCUGACGACCAAUGUGCCGGACAUUGCCAUGUCGUUUUCAGACGACCGAUUCCCGUAUGGACCUUUUCCACCCCACUGGGUACCACGACAAUACAUAGCGAACUACUUCUCGCUGCACCGGACUGACACGUUUCUCGUCCUGAAUACGACGGUGGAGGAUCUGUCCAGAUUGCCAGGGAAGGAUGGGUGGAAACUCACACUUCGACGACGAGACUCAGUCCGGCACGUGGAUGUUUGGUGGGAGGAAGAGUUCGAUGCCGUCAUCCUCGCCAACGGUCACUAUUCCGUACCAUUUGUACCCGAAGUCGACGGUCUGGACAGAUUUAUACGCCUGUUUCCGCAAAGGGUCAUGCAUUCCAAAUCCUACCGCAAUACACUGGCAUAUCAUGGCAAAAGAGUCCUGGUCAUCGGCAACUCUGCCUCUGGUCACGACGUCACUGCGGCGCUGGUCGAAUCCGCGCGGCUCCCCGUUUAUCAGUCGCGCAGGUCAUCAUCUCGCUGGGACGGGGACAAGCCACCCUCGGGGAUUGCCUGGAAACCCAUUGUAAAGCAAUACCUGCCCACAGGCGACAUCGUGUUCGCGGACGGUUCAGUCCUCUCCGACAUUGACGUCGUCAUCUACUGCACAGGCUACAAGGCCUCGUUUCCCUUCUGGAACGUCCGCGCCAACGGGGGACCACUCUGGGACUAUACCGAGAACCGCCUCGUCGGCAGCUACUGGCACACGUACCACCGAGACUUUCCCACGUUGGGCAUUGUCGGGGUCCCGCGCGUCCUCACGUUCCGCUCCUUCGAGUACCAGGCCAUUGCGCUGGCGCGGCUAUUCGCAGGCAGAAACGCCCUCCCGCUCCCGCCCCGGGAGGCACAGGAACGAUGGGAGCGGGACAGGUGGCGACUCGUGAGCAGGGAGGGAAGGAAGUUCCAUGACAUUCCCUGGGACAACGGGGAGACCAUGGACUGGCUCCGAGGCCUCUUCGAUCUGGCCGGGCUGCCCUUGCUCAAGGGCCGCGGGAGGUAUCCGCCCGUGCUGGGGGACGAGACGAGAUGGGCCAUCGAGCAUCUGAGGAAGUAUUCCGAGCCGGGCAAUGAGGGUCAAGUUGACGAGGAAGGUUGGACUGUGCUCGGUGGCGGCGCGAGUCGGGACAGUCUGCACUUCAUAUAA